AUGACUUCUAAUAUUUCAACAACAGUAAUAACAAUUGAUCCAUCUGUAGUUACUUUAAAUAUUGCUCGUAUUGGAAUUCAACGAUUUGGUCAACCAAUUCUUUUUGCACUAGGUAUUAUUGGAUGUAUAAUCAAUAUAGCAAUAUUUCUUCGUCCUUCAAUGCGUACAAAUUCAUGUGCCAAUUUAUGUUGUUUAACAUGGGGUUUAUUUAUUAGUAUGCUUGGUUUUUUUAUGAAUUAUAAUUUAUUAAACUACAGUUCAGCAUAUUGUAAAAUUCGUUAG